UCGUGUUGUGCGGAUCGCGAAUCACUCACACGGUUUUCCCUUCGACGAGCGCUCGUGUUUUUCGUAGCCUGUGAGUGGUUGGGGUGAGCUGUUUUGUGCCGUAGAACCCACGGGAUACAUCCAGGAUACACACCUAGCUGGGGUCGGGAUAAAUCGGGUUCUCGCGCGGUUGCAUUCUUUGGUCCGUUCCUGUAGGAUAUAAAAAGCGCAGCUACCGGGUGCAGAGGAUGCAGUCGUUUUACGCAACGCAAGCAACGCUGGUCGGAUCUUGAAGUGGGCUUCCGCCGAGUGCUGAACGGUGUCCCGAGUCCAAGAAUAAGGCUAACCACGUUCCAGAGGUGUGCUCCGUGAUGUCCCGCCACACCCGGACCCGCUAGUGAGUUCGUUCGUUGUGCGCGUGUGCUGCGAAGAAUGUGCGAAUCUUCAAUCUAAGCAAUUCGUGGGCCGCCACACAUACCGUUCGGUACCGUGAGCCUCACCCAUCUCCGUGUUUAGUGAGCGUGUGUGCCUACUAGAUCAACAGCAGGCAAAUCAAAGCUUCCGAGGGGUUGCUUUUGUGCUAGUGCUUCCGAACAGAAUAGUGAAGUGCAAGCGUCUAGUGUUGUGUGUGGGAAAAGCGGUUCGUUCGUGGAAAGUGACGAUCGUGUGCAACAAAACAAGAUCCGGUAGGCCGCCCGCCUCUCUGCUCACGCAAGUAGUGCACUUGUGAAUCUGCGCCAGAACAUCGGCAUCUCGUCUCGUCGUCUGUUUGUGUCCCGGUUGUACCUCACCUCACAGUUUGUGUUGACAGUUUGGGGCGCGUAACUAAACAGUGGCUGAUUGAUCACUGUCAAUAUGUCGCCGUGCAGUAGCUGGCGCUGCCUAGCGUCAUCCGUGUUGAUGCUGAUGGUGCUUGCCGCCAUAAUUCGCGCCGAACAAGAGGUAAUAGUGGCGAUUGAUGAACCCGGCAAAACCCAAUAUCACGAGGCAAACUUCAACACGAGUUCGUAUCAGUACGGUUACGAGGUAGGACCGAACGGUCAGUUUCACCAUGAAACGCGCGGCCCCGACGGUGUCACUUACGGUUGCUACGGCUACAUCGAUCCGAAUGGGCAGCUGCGUGUGACACACUAUGUGGCCGACACACACGGCUACCGGGUGGUGGAACCGAACCGACCGGUCGAAAUAUUUGUCGAUGCUCCCACGCAGUACAGCAGCAAUUCGAUAGCGGAAGACGAGCCACAGGAAAGACGGCGGGGUGAGUUGCGUCCCUGGACGGAGCUGUAUUUGCCGAAAGGAUGUGGCAUGUUUCCGGGUGGAAUGCGUCCUGAUGGAUCAGGUGGUAGCACACCGCCGGCACCAACAAAUCCAAGCACCGGUGGAAGCGGCAGUUCACAAGGAAAUAAACCAUCCAACCAGGGUCAAGGGCAGGGGCAAGGGCAGGGUCAAGGGCAAGGCCAGGGGCAGGGUCAGUGGCAGGGACAGGGUCAAGGACAAAACCCAGGACAAGGACAGGGACAGGGACAAGGACAAGGGCAAGGGCAAGGGCAAGGACAAGGGCAAGGACAAGGUCAGGGUCAGGGUCAGGGUCAAGGUCAAGGACUAGGACAAGGACAAGGACAAGGACCAGGACAGGGACAAAAACCUGGACAAGGCCAAGGACAAGGGCAAGGGCAGGGUCAAGGACAAGGGCAAGGACAGGGACAAGGGCAGGGACAGGGCCAGGGUCAAGGACAAUGGCAAGGACAGGGGCAGGGUCAAGGACAGGGGCAUGGCCAAGGACAGGGGCAUGGUCAAGGACACGGGCAAGGUCAAGGGCAAGGACAAGGACAGGGGCAGGGUCAAGGACAAGGACAAUGGCAAGGGCAAGGGCAAGGACAAGGCCAGGGACAAGGACAGGGACAAGGACAAUGGCAAGGUCAAGGGCAAGGACAAGGCCAGGGACAAGGACAGGGACAAGGCCAGAAUCAAGGUCAGGGACAAUGGCAGGGUCAGAGUCAGGGCCAAGGCCAAGGACAAGGACAGGGCCAAGACCAAGGUCAAGGACAAGGUCAAGGCCAUUGGCAAGGACAAGGCCAAGGUCAAGGAUCUGGAUCUGGACAAGGUCAAGGACAGGGACAACGACCAGGGCAAGGUCAAGCUCAAGGACAAGGUCAAGCUCAAGGACAAGGUCAAGGACAGGUACAAGGGCAGGGUCAACGACCGGGCCAAGGACAAGCUCAAGGACAAGGACAAGGGCAGUGGCAGGGACAAGGCAAUCGCCCUGGCCAAUCUCAAGGACAGGGGCAAGUACAGGGACAAGGCCAGGGACAACGUCCUGGACAAAACCAAGGCCAAGGCCAAGUUCAGGGACAAGGCCAGGGCCAAUGGCAAGGACAACGUCCAGGACAAGGUCAAGGACAGGCACAAGGACAGCAGCAAGGUCAAGGGCAAGGACAGGGACAGCAACAGGGUCAAGGACAAGGACAGGGACAACAACAAGGACAAGGACAAGGACAGGGGCAGGGACAACAACAAGGGCAAGGCCAGGGUCAGGGUCACCAUCAAGGACAACAUCAAGGUUCGCAUCAAGGACCCAUAAGCUCCGGGCAGCAUCAGGGCCAGCAUCAAGGGAGUCAUCAAGGUAUAAGUAGUGGGCAACAUCAAGGUCAGCAUCAGGGGUCACAUCAAGGCCCUGUUAGUUCCGGGCAGCAUCAGGGUCAACAUCAAGGUAGCCACCAAGGCUCUAGCGGAGAACACCAAGGACAACAUCAAGGUUCGCAUCAAGGUCCCAUAAGCUCCGGUCAGCAUCAGGGACAGCAUCAGGGAAGUCAUCAGGGCAUAAGUAGUGGGGAGCAUCAAGGACAGCAUCAGGGAUCACAUCAAGGACCGAUCAGUUCCGGGCAGCACCAGGGACAACAUCAGGGCAGCCAUCAAGGUUCUAGCGGAGAGCAUCAAGGACAGCAUCAAGGUUCGCAUCAAGGUCCUAUUAGCUCUGGACAGCACCAGGGACAGCAUCAAGGAAGUCACCAGGGUAUAAGCAGCGGUCAGCAUCAGGGAGAACAUCAACAUCAACACCAGGGCCCGAUUGUUGACGGCCAGCAUCAGACGAGCCAUCAAGGAAGCCAUCAAGGUUUGUCGCAGGGAGAGUUCCAGGGUCAACACCAAGGCCAGCACCAGAAACCGAUCAGUGGCAACAAGGAAGAGCACAAUUUGCAAGUGCAGGUUUCCUGGGUACAAGGCCAGGAAGGUCAAUCCCAAGGACAGCAAGGACAGAAUCAAGGCCAAUCGCAGGGGCAGCAAGGACAGAAUCAAGGCCAAUCGCAAGGACAGCAAGGACAAGGCCAAAGCCAGUCUCAAGGCCAACAGGGCCAAACACAAGGCCAAUCGCAAGGACAGCAAGGUCAAUCCCAGGGACAGGUACAACGUCCACCACAAGGAGUACAAAUUGGGAUUGGGUUUAAGCCGGGCAAUGGGGGACUGCAGGCAUCGCUGGGCCUGGGUGGACCGCACGGUGGCAUAUCUCUAGGGGCGGGUGUAUCAACGGCCGGCAUUAGCGGCAUGGCGAGCACCUCGCACACCGGACCGAACCAUAACGUAGCGGGCACGAUCGGUGGUUCCGUCGGAACGUCCACUGGAGUUCAGGCAAGUGGAGCAGCAAACGCAUCUGCCACCAUCCUCGGUGCGACGAUCGAUCAUACGCACACGUCAAACGUGACGCUGACAGAGGACGGUUUUCAUGCGUCGCACGCUGGCCAAAACACGAUCGACUCGCAGCAGGUGACCGUAGCCGGUACGGUCGGUGUAUCGGUUGGCGUUGGAGCAGGUUUGAUAGAUACCUCCCUUAAUCAUACCGGGCACGUUUCGGUCGGUGGUAUCGACGUAAGUAGCGCCACGGCGGUUGGCGCAGGAAUCGAGGCUAAUCACACAUCGAUCGGACUAGGUGCACAGCUAACGCACAACGCCAGUAUUUCGAUUCCAACCGUCACACCAGGACCAACGACUGAACCACCUCCGGAAGAACUGCAGCCAACUUCGAGUACACCCAUCCCAGGAUCUCCGGGAACUGCCAUUGGAGUGUAUCCCCCGACGAAACCGAUCGAUACCAGCUCACCGCCUGGCUCAUCGCCAUCCUCAUCCUCAUCAUCACCCUCGUCACCUUCAGCGCCACCACCAUCAUCAUCUUCCGGUGGUGGUGAUAACUACGCUCCACCUCCCAACUACCAGAUAGCCGUAUCACAGUAUCCGUACUUCUUCGUACCAUACCCCUACCCACCACCAAACGUACCGCAGGCACCCUGCAACUGUCCGGCGGAUCAGCAAAAUCAACAACAGGGCGGACAGCAACCGGCCGGUUACCUGGGCUUCAUUCCGGUGCUCUACAUCCCGAACUGUCACGCCCAGAAGAGUGGUUUGCCGGCGAACUUCAACUGGCCGGCACCGCCCCCACCGGAAGGGUUCGGUCAAUCGCUGGACGAACUACCGGCCCAACGGUUGUUCCAGAAGCCGGACGGUAGCUGGGUACUGCAGCGUGCCCGCAACCGUUCCCGCCGGCUGCGUGGCCGACGUCCCGCUGCACGCCGAUUCCUUACGGGGGAGCCAGAGAUUCCCGGGAAAAAGUAGACGUGUAGCGCUCCGUGAAGCAGCACCGUAAAGCGAAAGAAAAUACUCAUUUUACUUUUAGUUUCAUCUGGUUUUAGUAUAUUUUACUCACUGAACAAAGGCGGCAGCGAGCGAAUGGCGUACGUUGUGGACGCUGGAUUGCCUUUGUAGUGGUAGGGCAGCUAGACGGUUCCAUGCCCGGCCCCCCCGACAGUGAAGCAUAUUUAUGGAACAGUUUACAAUAAUUUUCUUUUUUCGUUUAAGAAUACAAUUCAUUUUCCUCUUGCCACUGUGAUUAGAUUUAUUCAUCAAACGAUGCAUGACGCACAUGAAAGGGCGAACGAUAUUAUCGGGCAGAUACUUGUUUCCGAGAAAAGCUGAGGAAAAAAAGAAGCAGAGCAGAACGCAUUCUUGCCGCGUGUGUUUGAGUUUUGUAAGCGAAGGAGUGGGAAAUGCUAAGAGCGGUAGGUGCGGCGGUGGUGUGUUUAAAACGCGCAUUAUUAAAUAGCAUUCCUCAUGACUGCAGAGUAUUGUAACUUAUUUAGGUAGCAAGAGAUGAUAUCGAAGCACACAAUAAAUAAAAUUUCAUUUGAGGCAGUAUUGGAGUUUGUAUUUAUUU